UCCACGGUGCGGCGCGGUGCAAUUGCUGCACGCAGAGGCGGAUGGCGUGGGCCGGCGUUAGUCGCUCGGUUCCCGCGUCGGAGGAACGCGCUGCUGCCUCCAGCUGGUGCACGCUGCAACCUGCGGUGGAAUCGGUAAAUCGAGCACGGCGAUAAAACCGACAGCGAGUCCGAUCACAGCGCGACUUUUUCUCCGCUCGCCGCGACUCCCGCGAAGGUGUAAGCGAUACCGCGUUACGUGCCAGCGAUAGCGGUCGUAAUUGAAAUGGAAACUGCGUGAUGCGCGAACCGAGCCGCGUGAGGGUUAACGAAGAUAUCGCGAUGACCGGCGUGUAGUAACGGGGGAGUCAGACGUAGAAGGAAGAAAGAAGCGCGUGGAGAGAUCGAGAAACGUACGCGGUAGCGUGGGUUGCCUGGUAAAUGGAGGUGAACGCUGGUAACAUCGACGGCAGAGAAGAAGAGGAAGAUAGGUGCCGGUACACGCUUCCUUACCAAGCCGCCCCGCCGAGGUUGGCCUCGGUUUGGAAACACCGACGUAUGAUUUACGACCACUCCGGCCAGGGAAAAGGAGUCAGUGACGAGGUGACGACGACGACCACGAGCACGACGGAGACACACGACGAAGAAACGAAUCGACCAAUCAUGGCUAAAAGCGCCGAGAGGCUACCCGGUACCUCCACCAGGCUGAGGACCAGAGACGACGGCUGCUGCUCGGUGAAUUUCCUGAAAUACGUUCUGCACAUCUACAACGUGGUGUUAUUCUUGUCUGGACUGGUGGUGGGCGGAAUCGGUAUCUGGACGGUGAUUUCGAAGCACAGCUACGUGUCUCUGAUGACGACCUCGACGUACCCGACGCUGGCCUAUGCUCUGGUCAUCGCAGGUGUCCUGGCCGUGGUCGGUAGCUGGCUCGGAUGCGGCGGCGUGACGUCUGAAAACAGAUGCGUUCUUCUCAUA